GCUUCCUCUUGGACACUGACAGAAUCCUUACGCUCUACCACUUAUUACCAUGAAUCCAUCAUGCGUGGUUUACGUGGGUAAUAUUCCUUAUGAAAUGGCUGAAGAACAGGUCACUGAUAUAUUUAGACAAAGUGGCCCUGUAAAGUCUUUUCAUCUUAUCAUUGACCCAGAAUCUGGACAGCCUAAAGGCUAUGGUUUUUGCGAAUAUCAUGACACAGCUACUGCAGCAUCUGCAGUGCGGAAUCUAAACAAUUAUGAUGCAGGCACGAGACGAUUACGAGUUGACUUUCCCACAGCAGACCAAAUUCGCCGUUUAGACAAAUUGGUCGCACCUCCGUCGUAUGGACAAUAUUCACAACCUUAUUCUAUGCCUAGCUACGGUUAUAAUCCCUCUUAUAGUUCAUACCCACCGGCUAAUCCCAACUAUGGUUAUUCUCCUUACCCACCAGCUCCAAAUUACUAUCGAGGAACUCCAUCUCAGUCUACCGGAGCGUUUGGUAACGAAGACAUAUAUCGCACAUUAACACAAUUAGCACCUAAUGAAUUAGAUUAUAUGUUGUCUGCUGUCAAAGCUUUAUGUUUGGAAGCGCCUGCUCAAGCGGAACAGUUGCUUGCUGCUAAUCCCCAGCUUAGUUAUGCUGUGUUUCAAUCUAUGGUUAUGAAACAAUACAUUCCUGAAUCAUCCAUAGGCGAUUUGCUAGUACCUCCUACUAGCGCUAAUCCGCCUCCUACAGAUAUGGCCGCUCGCAAUUUUGACAGUCCUCUAGUUGCUCCUGCAUCUGGCUCUCCAUAUGGUUCAAUGCCUCCACGUUCGUCAGAACCUUUCGCAAGACCUUAUUCUUCACAUAUGGGACCAUAUGUUAAACAACCUAGCCCAUACGUUGGGGUGCCACCUGUACCAGCUGUGAACUCUAGAGGCUCUACGCCAGCAUCUGUCCCCUUGUCUCCGAUGCGUGGGUAUGCUUUUCCAGCCAAUACCGCUGCACAUCCUCCUACUGUAGUUGGUAAUGGUAUACGACACAUGUCUACUUCAGCUCCUGCAGUAACUGCACGAAGCCCUUCUAUUCCGGUAUCAAACGCUACAAGUCAGAGUACCGCUACUGCUACACAUGAUGAAGAAGCUACUAAAGCCGCUUUAAUAGCACAGCUAAUGGCUUUAACGGAUGAACAAAUUAGCGUAUUACCUCAGGAACAAAAAGAAAAGAUUAUUGAAAUUAGAAAGGCGGUAUCUGGAAAAUGAGCUAGGGGAUAAGAGAAAGAAUGAAAAAUUAGACCGACAUUCAAAGUUAGAGUUGUUUCCGAUGGAUUUUGAAGGACAAAAAUAUUAACAAAAUACGAAGAUAAAUAUCACUUUUUGAGAAACAACAGUUUAAUUUUUGCGCGUAUCGUAAACAUAGACAGGACUCUUGUUAGGUCCAGGAACAGCACCUCUAACUAGAAUGCAAUUGAGAUCAAGAUCUACAUCCCAGAUCAAAGCAUGUUCGAUUGUUGAGCUUUUAUGACCCAUACGACCUGCCAUUUUACGGCCUGGAAGAACACGUCCAGGAGUGGUGUUUUGGCCUGUUGAGCCGGGAGUACGAUGAGACAAGGAAGCACCGUGAGAAGCGUUUCCUCCUGCAAAUCCCCAUCGUUUCAUGACACCAGCAAACCCUUUACCUUUUGUAACUCCCUUAAUGUCAACAUGUUGUUUUGGUUGAAAAUAAUCCGCGUUAAUUACGGUGCCAGAAGGAAUCAGUCCUGAUUCAUCACGAACUUGAAAUUCUUUGAUGUGCAUCUUGGGAAAAACACCACUAGCGAAGAAUUGUCCCUGGUCAGCUUUUGAAAGAGCGUGAGGCUUUCUUAUACCAGCGCCCAUUUGAACAGCAUAAUAACCAUUCUUUUCCUUUGUGCGAUUUCCUAUAGCUUGGACUCGAUCAAAUUGUAAAAUUGUCAAAGGGAUCCACUUUCCCGUUUCAUUGUCCCAUGCACUAGUCAUUCCUUUCUUAAGUAAAAUCACACCCGUCCUUGGGUGCAAAUGGCGUCUUGCAUGUGAUGCUUCUGGUGAAUCUUGUAUAAUUCGUUUAGAGACUGCAGUAGCAGUUUGUGCAUACCCACGCAAUUGUAUUGGGCGAAAGUAUAAACUUGGGCGGUGAAAAAUGGAUGCAAAAUUCAUGAUUUCUUUAAGAAACCGUGUUGGAAAGAAAGGGUGGUUUCUACAGAUUAACUUUCAAUGUGAGUGCGUUCACUAAUGUUUCCAGGAGUGCGGUAAAUCCAUUACCGUAUUCGACCAUUGUUCACUAAGCCCUUAAAUUCAAAGAAAGUAAGUAAAAAACGAAAUACAAGAGGAUGAAUAAGUUGAUGGAUGGUGUUUGAUUUUUUGUUUGAAGUAUGUAUUGGAAACGAAGGAAGAUAUACUUGGGUAUAGGAACUCUUAAAGGAGUCGAUAUUCGGAUCAUGGUUGAUCGUAGAAAACGUUAUAGAUAUAUGUUUGAGGUCAUUUUUUCCGGAUAUAUGUGUUGAGAUCUUAGAAAAAUCAACAAAUAAAUGUACUAGGUUUACAAGGGUGAAUAUCAGCACCAAACAUUGUCAAGAACAAUCUGUCGUAAGCAAGAUUUAUUUGGGUUUGGAUAUCGUAUUUGUGUUCAAGAUCACAUUUUGGUCAUAUGCUGCUAGGUAUACAACUAUGCACGACCAAUAAUAGAACGACAAUAAAGGGAAAGGAGGAUGAGAGUCGUGAUUAUUAAAAAUAGGGAGAGAACAACUUCGUAUACUGGAAACCGAAAGAAUGUACCACCCAAGAAGCAAUUGUUCAUAAAUCGUCAACAAAUAAAACAUUCCAUGAUAGAUUAAUCAUCUCCAGCAGGAAUUUCUUCCUUCAAAAUCUGUUUCAGAUGAACCUUUAGAUUCGUGUGCUCGUCUCCUCGUAAAAUAUCAUGAACAAAAUAUGCGUCAACGUCCAUUUGUACCUUUUUCCUGUUAGCUUUCUAAAACAAAUGUAUAAACUAGAAUCAGAAUAAAUGAUAACAAGAUGUCUGCCACCUCUCAUCGACAGAGACCUUCUUAUGUUCCCUUACCAUUUCUAGAGUACCACGAAGAACUCCACACAAGAUAUUAGAGUACCAUAAUUUGGAGCGAGCUUCAACAGGUAACUCUACAAACUCUGCUAAUGGAUUGUCAUCUAGAGUGAGCGUGAACGUCUUAUCCUCUUCCGACCAGUCGCUUAUCACGGGCGUCACGUUCAAGAACAUUUUAAAUCCCACCUUAGCUAUCGUGUCGGCAGUCUCCCGAAGGUCUACACAUCGUUGCCAUUCCGUUCUAGCCAGGAAAUCCUCAAUGAGCCGAAUUCCAAUGUUGUACCCCCUUGUCAGCAAUGUUAGUCUUGGCACGCGUAAUAGAAAGAGAUUCUUACAUUUUUUCUAAUUCCUCAUUUACUUGUUCGUAGCUCAUGUCUCGGCACAUCUGAGCGACGAUAGAGCCAUAGGUUAAUACGAAUAGUUCGGCAUUCUACCUUCAUUAGUUUUCGUUGAAGCAGUCAUUGUUCGUUGGAUGCAUACCACUUUUUCUACCCUUUUGUAAACAUCCUCUCCUACUUUGGAUUUUGACAUGGCAAUUGCUGUUUUGUUUACACUUUUCUGUCGAUUUGGUCGUCGUUAACUACGCUGUACGUGUGAAAGGACAACCCUACCCUACAUGUGUGACCAUUAAAAUUUUUUUCAUAAAUGCUUUGGUUAUGGUAGAGAAACUACU